UACAACAAAAGUGUAAUUUGUCAAAGUUAAACUAAAUAAUCAUUAUGUAAGGAAAAAAAUACAAUGUCAACGACGCUUACAUCAACUACCACCUCUGCCAAUAAGUUUACUUUUUUAACCGUCACCGAACCAUCAUAAAGCAUUUCUUGCUAGUUACACCACUGUUAUGGAAACAUCAAAGAAAAUGGAAGAUACAAAAGAAGAAAGAAAAGAAGAAAUUGGGAAUCCACCAAGUCAAUGUGUGCUAUAUUUUAGACAAGUAUGUCUCUGCAUGUUCUCCUAUGGUAAAUUAUUUAUUUAUAUUAGGACUUUACAUGGGUGCUCCAAUAAUGCAUAUUUUAAGUGAAGCGAACAAGGAAUCUUCAGAAAAUAUCAUCACCCCGGAAAUGGCUUCGUGGUUCCCUUGCACAUCCGCGUUAUCUUCAUUUCCAUGGGCUAUAAUUUUACCUCUUAUAGCAAAUCGUUAUGGUCGGAAAGCUAGCUUCCAUCUCGUAAAUAUAAAUACAGUAAUAGGAACCAUCAUUUUCAAUUAUAGUAAAACAUUGACUCAACUAAUAAUAAGUCAAAUUUUAAUAGGAACUUUAGUAGGCUCAGUUUUUACAGUAUUUGUUAUGAUUAUAAGUGAAUUAGCAUCUCCGAAAUCCAGGGGGUUUAUCUUAACCUUAAUAUCGGCAGCAUUUUUUUGGGGAACAUUGACAUCAAAUUUUCUUGCAAAAAUGGAAGCUCGGAAAAAUAUUAUUUAUAUUGUUGGCUUUUGCUGUAUAUUCAACGCAUUUAAUUUUCCGGAAUCACCAUGCUGGCUAGCAACAAAGAACAAAUUUGAGGAAUGUGCCAAACUUCAUCGGUGGAUAAAAGGAACUGACUCAAACGCUGAAAAUCAUCUCCGAAUUCUUAUUUCAAAUCAAAAAACAAAUUUAAAUAAUACAUUCACAAAAGAUAAUAAAAAUGCUGAUAAUAUAAUUGGCAGAAUGCGUAAAGUUCUUAGUAGUAAAAAAUUUUAUAAGCCAUUAUUUUAUACGGCGCUUACGAUUUGUCUGUAUUACUUUUCAGGAAAAUUAACUUUUACCAUAUACGCUAGUGAUAUUAUAAAAAAUAUAACUAAAAGUGAAGAAGCAGCUUAUAAUCUAAUGUUAAUUCUAAACGGUGUCACAGUUUUUUGUGCAUAUGUAGGAUGCUAUACAACUUGUAUUUUAAAACGACGAACACAAUUACUUGUUUUUUUAGCCUCUGGAAUAUUGUUCCUGUAUCUGCUUAGUAUUUACACAUACAUAGCUAAAUUAAAUAUCGUGUAUGAAAAUGAAUAUAUCUAUUUAAUACUAUUCUCGGGAUUUUCAAUCAGCUACAGUUGUGGUCCAUUGAUAAUCGGUAUUAGUUUUUUGAUCGACCUUAUACCAACACAAGAACGGAACUUAUUCUUGACUUUAACAGGAAUUAUUGGAUCUCUUGUAUUAACGAUCGUUUUAAAAAUUACACCAGCUAUAUACACAACUUACGACAGUCAUGUGUUAUUCCUAUUUUACGCUAUUACAGCAUCCGUUUGCCUCUUUGGACUUUACAAACAUUUACCCGAAUCAAAAAAUAGAAUAAUACAACAAUUAGAAAAUGUUACUGCUCAAGAGGAAGAAGAAGAAGAUUCAUUAAGUGAAGGUUUAAAAGAGGUUAUACCACUUAAAUCGGUUUCUUGAUGUCUUUUGCUGACACGUAUUGCAUUGCAAACUUUUUUUAACUUUCGUGAUACAUAGAUGUGGUUGUAAUCUAAUACAUUUAUAUAUAAUUCAGUAGUAGGUUUUUAGUUCUUAUUACGCAAAGCGUCUGUUUAUAGUAUCUUAAAAUAUUGUAUUCUCGUUACUAGAUCAUCUUUAUAUAAAAGAAAAUGUAUUGACGGACUUUAAUUUUGGAUUUUGCAUCAUCGUAAAAAACUGUCUACUAUAUUUCUGUUGAACUAUUCAGAAAGGUCUCGAAUACUUUAAAAGUCAUUUACCAAAUACGAAUUUGAUGUUUUUCAUAGAAAAUUAACCAUUUUUGUCAAGGACAUUUUAGAUAAAACU